AUGACGAUGCGAUCACUAUCACUAUUCACGUCUUUACGUUCAUUACCUCGUUCAACUUAUAUCCUUGGGAGAUCAUCGUCGCUUUCAACACCGAUACGAUGGAACACAUCGAACGCAUCACAUACAUCUCGAGUUCAAGCGGAAGCCACCACCUUCGCAUCGAAAUCAGCUCCUAGGACGAUAUACGAUUCGCCAGAAGCCUCGAGGGGCAUGCCACCACCUUCAUCCGGAUUUCAAAGGAGAAGAGUAGAAGAGCCAAAGAUCCAAAGGGAGGGUGAAAAGGGCGAAGCGUUUAAUGGGCCAAGUAGACCUAGAUUGAUUUAUGAACGACCAGGAGAUAGGGAUUUACCUAGAAUAACGAAUAAAUUACCAUAUGUACUUGCGUUGGGUUUACUAGGUUUAGGAUGGGGAUUAUUCCUUCUUCACGCCACUAACGCAGAACGUCUCGCUUCAUCCGUCUUACGUCAAGUGACAUUCCAACUGCGAAAUUCUAAAGAAGUAAUAGCGGUCCUAGGAGAACAUGUUAGAUUGGUUGAAAACUGGUGGGCUCUGGGUCAACCUUGGAUCUCUGGUACAAUCAAUUUGAUGCAAGGUCGAGUGGAUUUAAGUUUCAGGAUACGAGGCGAUAAAGGCGCAGGAACAGUAUAUUUCACGUCUAUAAGGCCACAAGAACAAGGUGCAUGGAGAAUAGUGAGGUAUAAGAUCAUUGCGGACGAUGGAGAAGUAGUAAGAUUAGAAAACUUGGAAAACUUCAAAACUAAGUUGUAG